AUGAGUAACAAUAGUAUAGCAAGAGAUUUCUUUGGAACGUUGCAAAAUCUAUACGUGUUCAUCGAAACUUGCACAAAACGACAUGCUGUGUACUUGAAACACCAGAGAAAGUUGAAUGCGUCAGAUGAUGAAGGAAAAAAGAAGCGUGAGUACGUUCUGAAGAAAUUGUCUGAUACAAGAUGGGCAUGUUGGGCGGACAGCAUCACCGCAAUUUACCACACACUCGAAGCUGUCAUCGCGACUCUAAAAGAGAUCAGAGAAAAUGAAAAGAAGGCUCACAUUGCAGCAGAAGCAAAGGGGUUGUUUCAGAACGUCUGUGAUUUUGAAUUUGUUUUGGCUUUGGAG